GAUGUGUUAUUCCUCUACAUCGAAGGAUCAGGAAGUUUGUUCUCUGCGUGGUUGAGAAGUUUUUCCUCUUACUAGGACAGGGGUGGAGGGGGAUGAAGAAGGGAAGGUGUCUCCCUAAAGUAGAGUGCAAGCUACUGCCUGCGUCUCCCCGUAAUCCAGGAGUAACGUCAGUAACAGGUGAGAAUGACCACUUUAACUCACCGUGCCCGGCGCACUGAAGUGGGCAAAAACUCUGAAAAGAAGGUGGACAGAGAGGAGGACACUAAUCAAGACAGGAGUCCAGAUAAUGAAGACUCUGGAGACUCCAAGGACAUCCGCCUCACCCUCAUGGAAGAAGUGUUACUCCUGGGACUAAAAGAUAAAGAGGGCUACACGUCUUUCUGGAAUGAUUGUAUAUCAUCUGGCCUACGAGGGGGAAUCCUCAUAGAACUGUCCAUGAGGGGUCGGAUCUAUCUGGAACCCCCAACUAUGCGUAAGAAGCGACUGCUAGACAGAAAGGUACUGCUAAGGUCUGACAGCCCAACUGGUGACGUAUUACUGGAUGAAACUCUAAAACACAUCAAAGCAGCCGAGCCCACAGAAACUGUCCAAACAUGGAUAGAGUUACUUACUGGUGAGACCUGGAAUCCCUUCAAAUUGCAGUAUCAGCUGAGAAAUGUAAGAGAACGAAUUGCAAAGAACCUUGUAGAGAAGGGCAUUCUUACCACCGAGAAGCAGAAUUUCCUCCUGUUUGAUAUGACGACUCACCCAGUGACCAAUACAACAGAGAAACAGCGGCUAGUGAAAAAGCUUCAAGACAGUGUUCUGGAGCGGUGGGUGAACGACCCUCAGCGCAUGGACAAGCGAACACUAGCGCUCCUGGUGCUAGCCCACUCGUCUGACGUGCUGGAGAAUGUCUUCUCCUCUCUGACGGAUGAGAAGUACGACGUGGCCAUGAACCGAGCCAAGGACCUCGUAGAACUGGAUCCUGAAGUGGAGGGGACAAAGCAAAGUGCCACAGAGAUGAUCUGGGCCGUGCUGGAGGCCUUCAAUAAAUCAUAAAGCCAGCAGGUGGGGGUGUCGCCCAUUUUCUCUGCUGACUGGUGCUGCACCUAUCACUGGGUUUUGAGAAAUGUUUUCAUCAUUUUCUCCUCCUCUUGAAUCAGACUGUGAUUUGAAGAGAGUGACUCCAGGAUCUCCAUUAGGACUGGGUCACCAUAAGCAUUCUUUUUUUCUCUCUCUUCACUCGAGAUGAAUAAGCUGGGUGAACCCACAUACACCCAAUCAACUGUUUUACUUCUGUCUUGGUUUACCUCCCUCUUGGGUGCUGUUAAGUAUGCAGACAUAGAGCUAAGUGCGAUGCUGAGUUCUCUAGAUUCUCCAGCUACAGAAGGCAAGCGAGACAUAGAGUAAACCAUUUGUUACUUUUUUACAAGUGUUUUCUAUCUGAAAUACAUGUUUUUCACAGUCAGGUCUCUGUUAAGUAAUAUAGUUAAUUGAGAUGACUGUCUCUCUGAAGCAGUUGGAAGUAAAACUAAUUUUUGAAGCAAAUUUCUCUAGGAUUGUAUUCCCACUAAUGAUUAUCUCAUUUUUCAUUUUCUAACCUGAUGAGAAUAUUCCAGAUUUGAUUACUUGAUUCUCACAAUUGUCAAACUAUAGUUUCUAUCCUCAGCAUUAUUUUGCUCAUUCAUUCCUUAGAGGGGAAAGCAUAAGUGAAAAAAAAAUGUAUCUCUCAACUCCCAACACACACACACACACACACACACACACACACACACACACACACACCUGCCCUGAUACGUCAGCUUUAUAAUUUGUAAGGAAGGGAGCUGGCAUGAGAAUUUCCAUCCUUUGACUCAUGACUAUCCUAAUUUCUCUGUCUGUGUUUCUUCUGAUUGAAGUGAGGGGGUUUUAAUUUUCACUUCUAUGCUGAAAUUCAGUACUGCAUAGCAGCAUUCUGACAGCACAUCUCAACCCCAGCUCUUGUUUCAUGUCUUGUCUCUACAUAAAUUGGUAGUUGAGUUCUUAAAAUAAUUCUGUGUAAAAAUUCACAGAUUCCUUCCUAGUCCUUAGUCUAAUCUUAAUAUAAUCAUCUCUGUAAAUCUACAAUGUUUUUCAAGUCUGAAUUCAAACAAAAACUCUCUCUCUCUCUCUCUCUCUCUCUCUCUCUCUCUCUCUCUCUCUCUCUCUCUCUCUCUCUCUCUCUCUCUCUCUCUCUCUCUCUCUCUCUCUCUCUCUCUCCCCUUGCCCCCCCCCUUUGGGGAAUCCUAUUAGAGGGUAAACUUGGUAUAAAAACUGCAAUGGUAGAUAAAGUCCAAUAUUGGGGUAUAUGAAAAUGAAAGGCCCCAAGCUAUGCUAAUAUCAAGCAUAUAUUAUGCUGAUACUUUGAAUAGGUCACACCUCCACCAUUACAUAGAAAUGCUGUCACCAGGACUAAUCCAGAUGGCCCAGACCUGUUAUCAUCUCUUCCUGAUCAAAAGUCAUUUAAAUGUUUCAUCUCCUCCCCAGAUUUGCCUAGCCCACAAAUCAAUGAUCAUAUUUCAUUUUUCACUGCUGGUAUUGCUUAGCUGACUGGAGAUACAAAUUUGAACAUGAGAAGAUUCUAAGACAGUAAAGCUUUAGUCGGGCUCUCUAAAGUCCAGAAACCUCUGCCUUGGUUUUCCUUUCCAUUUGAACAACUGAAUUAAGACCAGGUUUUCUGUUGGCACAUUUUACCUUGAUUAAAGGUAGAAACUCAGUUAUUUUGUUCAACUUUUGGUCAAUAUUUUUAUUCUGUAUCUCAAAAUAAUGAGAAUUAUCCUCAAUUGAAUCUGCAUAAUGUUCAUUGCAAAACACACUCUGGUUUAGUGUAGAUGGCCUUCAUGUUUCUGUGUAAUAAAGGAUCAGUCAUUGGC